AUGAGUGUUUAAAUAAAAAAAUUACUCAAAACAAACAAAGAUUUAGGAAAUCAAUUUUUAGAUUUUACUUAGUUGUUCUAAAAGAAAUUAAAGGAACCAACAUUAAAUAUCAAUAGUAGAAAGGAGUUAAUAAAAUAGUAUCAAUAACAUAAUUUCAAACAUGAACCUCAAUCAUUCUUUGAGUCUUCAGAUUUGAUAGUUUAUGGUACAUUUGAAAACUCAAAUAUAAUGGCUGUAUAAUAGGAUGGUAAUGAAUUAAAUAUCUUAUUGAAUGGGGAUACAAAUACAAAUGGAUGCACAUAAUGGUUUUAUUUUGGAAUUCAAGUAAAGUAACCACAAUAACUUACACUUCGUAUUCUAAAUAAUCGAAGAGAAAAAUCUUUAUUGAAAGAAUAUAAUCAUAUAAGAGUGUUUGAUAAUGAUAAAUGGAAUUAUGAAACAACAAAAGAAUUAUAUUAUUAUAGAACAAAUAUCAACCAUCCUUUUUAUCAUUCUGAAGAUUCUUUAAUAGCAAAUUUGUAAUAAACUUUUGCUUUACACACUCUCCAAUUUAAUUAUAAUUUUACUUAAAAUAGGAACAUUGUGUAUUUUGCAUUAACAUAACCAUAUACAGUUUGUAAUCUAUAUCAUUUAGUUUAUCAUUCUAAAAUGAAACAUAAAGUAAUAUGUAAUAGUCCAUUAGGAUUACCAAUAUUUAAGCUUAAAACAAAACAUAAAAGUAAAGUAGAUAUACUUAUAUAAAUCUUAAUAGCUUCUGAUGUGAUAGUCAUUUUGGCUCGUUAACAUCCAAGUGAAUCAGUAGGAUCUUUUAUAUGUGAAGAAAUUAUCAAAUUUUUGGAUAAUGGUCAUAAAGUUUAAAACAAAUAUAAAUUUGUAAUUUUUCCAAUGGUAAAUCCUGAUGGAGUAUUUUUGGGUAAUUCCAGAUGUAAUUUUAAUGGGGUUGAUCUCAAUAGGUAUUUAAAUAGAAAUAAAUUUAGAAAAUGGGAUUUACCAAAUCCAAAUACUGAACCUGAAGUAUAUCAAAUAUCUAAACAAAUAAAAAAAUAUAAAGUAGCAUUCCUUAUUGAUUUACAUGGUCAUUCUAAAAAAUUGAAUUAAUUUCUUUAUGGAUGUUCAACAUAAAUCAAACAUAUAUCUGAUUAUAUGAGAAUUAAAUAAUUUAGCAGAUUAUUAUAAUAAGGAAAUGAUUAUUUUAGUUACAAAGUAUAAUAAAAUAAUCCUAAUUAUAGGAUUGUUCAUUUAGUGUUAGAUAAGAUAGAAUGAGCACAGCCAGAGUUGCAAUGUGGAGAAAAUUGCAAAUUAAUAAUUCAAUGACAAUAGAAACAUCUCUAUAUGGUUAUGCUAAGAAACCUUUUGAAAAAGUAGAUUUUAUUUAAAUGGCUCAUCAUAUUUUAAAUGCAAUAAAUAAUUAUGAUGAAAACUAGGUAGACCCACAACUUUUUGAUGCUUAAGAAAUUAGUUAAGCUUAUAAAAUCAUAAAGAAAGAAAAAAAUGAAGAUUAAGCAUCAGGAUCUGAUUCAGAUGCGGAAUAAGAUAUAAUUAUUACUCGUUAUUCUAGAACUAAGGCUAGUUUUAGAAGAGAUUCAACACCUCUUAUGGUUAAAAGUAAACCUAAACCAUCAUCAGAAAUUCCUAUCUAAUAAUCUAAUUUGUUUUUUAAAAAUGAAUAAACACAAAGUCUUAAAAAGAUUGGCUCUUAUUAAAUUAGAAGAAAAGUGUACUACUUUAUAUUUUAUUAUCUAGUUCUCGAAUGAACUCUUUUUAAAGUUAAAUAAUAGAUGAAGCUUAUAAUACUCCAUUGCCUACUGUUUACAAUAUUCAAAGCAAAUAACUAAAAGGAACUCUUGAUUUAAUAAAAGCUAUUUAAGUGAAAUCGCUUUCUAGAUAAUAAUGA